GGACGACAACGCCAAUGCUGGAUGAUGGAAAGCGAGUUGCAAGGCUGCGUCAUCGCCCGGGCAGCAUCGAAACAUCCAGAGACACAUAAAUCCUUUUCGCUCCCCCGGUGGCUGGUCGAAUCUACAAACACUACAUCACAACAACAUACACCUUGAGCAUCGCCCCCUCAUUUCUCCGAACCUAGUACCUCUCUCAUCCCUCGAGUCUUAACCACGACAAUGGGUUUCGGCGGUGCUGCUUUGAAGUUUGGCUCUACAGCGCUGUAUGCGCUUGAGUUCUGCUGUGCCGCGAUUAUUCUCGGUAUCUACAGUUACUUCCUGUCUGUAGAGGCGGAUCGCGAUGUCAACAUCCCCGUCUGGCAACAGGCCGUUACCGGUCUCGCUGGUGCGACUGUGCUCUACACCAUCUUCGCAGUCCUGUUGACUUGCUUCCUUGGCGGAAAGAAAAUCUUUGCUUUCCUCGGCAUACUCCUCGACAUCCUCUGCUGCGGUGCCAUGAUCGCCGUCGCCGUCCUGACCCGCGAUGGCGCAUCCAAGUGCUCCGGCCGCGUGCAGACACCCCUCGGUGACGGACCCGCCAACUCCAAGGAAGGCUUCGGUUCCAACGGCCGCGGCGACCAGAUCACCUACUCCGCCUCGCUCGGCACGAUUUGCAAGCUCAACACCGCCUGCUUCGCCGUCGCCAUCAUCGGCGCCUUCCUCUUCCUGCUCAGCGCCCUCCUCCAGGUUCUCCUCAUGAAGCACCACAAGAAGGAGAAGGCGUUCGGCCCCGGUCCCAGCAACGGCUACACUAAGGGUUCCGGCAUGAAGUUCUGGCAGCGCCGCAAGGCCAACCGCACCACUGGACACCGCGACCCUGAAGUCGGUACUGUCCCUGCUACCACUGCUGGCGGUCUUGCUGUCCCUGCUGGCACCCACGACUACCGCCCCAGCCACGACACUGCUUACACUGGCUCUACCGUGGCUGCUCCCCACACUGGCUUCGCAACCGACAAGCCCGUGACCGGUGGAUACCACACUGCUCCUCACGUUGCUCCCACGGCCAACUACGCCAACAACGGCAACGUUGCCACCUACGGCUCAGCUACCAACUACUAAGCCAUUACACCCUAUCCUCAUAAGAAGAUGAGAUUGGCGAUGCUCUAGAUUGAGUAAGGUUUAUGCUUAUGAGCACGACCACUUUUCCUUACAACUUGUACUCUAUUACGACGUUUACGCAUUAUACCACACACAUGGAGAGAAGAGACAGGAGUUGGAUACUCGAGACGAGAUGAGAUCAGAAGAGACUGUAUGAUGAGGUGGAUACGAUACGAAACCUAAUACUUAAUGUCAAUAUCGAAGAAAUAUACAUGAUAU